AGAUUUAGAUGCACUAUUGUAAAGUGGCUGCUCCACUGGAUGUCAUAAGGUGAAUGCACCAAUUUGUAAGUCGCUCUGGAUAAGAGCGUCUGCUAAAUGACUUAAAUGUAAAUGUAAAAUGGGUCAUGUGAUGCCUGUUGAUGGUUAACUAAGGUUGUUGAAUCUAAACUGUAUUUCCUGUGCUGCGUCUGGGGUCAGAUCCUAAAGGGAUCAGUUCCACUAGUUUCAUUCACUUCCAUUCACUGGGAGGGAAAAGAUUUUCCAUUUGGGCUCCUAGACAGUGUAGAUACACUCCCUGUAGAACCUAUAGAAUUCUGACAUCACUGUUUCCCACAGGUUCUAGAAGCCUGCAUGAACAACUGUGGCAAGAGGUUCCACAGUGAGGCGGCAAAGUUCCGCUUCCUCAAUGAACUCAUCAAAGUCCUGUCUCCAAAGUUCCUGGGUCAGUGGAGUGGUGCGGAGGUGAAGCUGAGGGUGACGGAGGUUCUGUACAGCUGGACUUUGUGGCUCAAAGAAGAACCCAAGAUUCAGGAGGCCUACCGCAUGCUGAAGAAACAAGGCCUUGUGAAGAAGGACCCGCUCCCAGACACCAUUGUGAUGCCUCCUCCCUCACAGAGAGUUGAGGACUCUGUGUUCAACCAGGAGGACAAGGCCAAGGUGUGUGUGUGUGUGUGUGUGUGUGUGUGUGUGUGUGUGAGCCUUUUUUAGUUGAU